AUGGGAUGCGGCGCCUCCGUUGCCAUAGAGACGCAAGCGCCAAGGAUUGAAACAGAUGAGGCAAAGACACCCAAUCCUGCGCUAACUAUGAAGGCAGCUGUGCUGAUCCAGCGAUGGUACCGCCGCUACAUGGCCCGUCUGGAGAUGAGGCGGAGGUACACGUGGAACAUUUUCCAAUCCAUCGAAUACGCCGGCGAACAGGACCAGCUGCAAUUGUCCGGUUUCUUCAGCUUUAUGCUCGACAACUUCACUCACUUAAAUGGAAACGGACCAGAUCUGAUUUCGCAACUUCUGGAGCCUGUCGUUGACCCCUGGUUAGACCGAGAGGCCUGUUAUGACUCCAUUCACGUUCCAGAGUCUUACGUGGGACCUCGACUGUCGUUUCCCCUCUCUGUGUCGGACACAAACGCUCUGCUAAGUGCCUUUAAAGAUCAGCAGACACUUCACGCAAGAUAUGUGCUGCAGCUCCUCUAUGAGACCAAGAAGCUCCUCAAACAGAUGCCCAACAUCGUCCAACUGUCCACAUCGUACACGAAGGAGAUCACGAUAUGUGGUGAUCUUCAUGGGCGACUUGAUGACUUGCUUCUUAUAUUUUACAAGAACGGCCUCCCCUCAGCUGAGACGCCAUAUGUGUUUAAUGGAGACUUUGUUGACCGGGGGAAAAAGUCCAUCGAGGUGGUCGUCCUCCUAUUUGCUUACUUUCUACUUUACCCCGACUACAUGCAUCUGAACCGAGGGAACCACGAGGACCACAUCAUGAACCUAAGAUAUGGGUUCACAAAAGAGGUCAUGCAGAAGUACAAGGCGAACAGUUGUGAGAUCUUGCAGCUUUUUCAGGAUGUCUUCAGUCUUCUGCCCGUUGCCGCGGUAAUAGACGGAAAGGUCCUCAUUGUUCACGGGGGCAUAUCAGACCAGACUGACUUAGACUUCCUCAGCGUCAUUGACCGGCACAAGGUUAAAUCAGCCAUGAGGCUUCCUCGAUGCCGUUUGGAGCAGCCAGAUAUCGGUCAGUCCAAUAGACACAUGAAAAGAAUGAAAUCCACGGAUACUUGCUGCAGUCGCACUAAAAUCCAAAAAACUCCUAACCUGAGAAAAAGGUACUCCGGUUUGAGCCGACAAGACAGUUCAGCCUCGACAUCUUCCUCCUCUUCCUCCUCAUCGUCGUCGUCUUCAUCGCUCUGCUCUCAGCAAUUCCCCUCGUGCUUCUCACCUCAUCAGUCUUCUCCCAAUAUUCCGUACGACAUCAACAUCCUCCGAGUGCCUUUCUUAGAUUCGACCACCGCUGUUCCGCUCCCGUCUCCUCCACAAAAUGAGCAGGAAUGGAAACAGAUUGUCGACAUCCUGUGGAGUGACCCCAAAAUCCAGGAAGGCUGCAGCCCAAACACGUUCCGAGGAGGUGGCUGCUAUUUUGGGCCCGAUGUCACGCGGAGACUUCUGCUCCAACACGGUUUGCAGCUCAUCAUCAGAUCCCACGAGUGUAAACAGGAAGGAUACGAGCUGUGUCACGGCGGACAGGUGAUCACUAUCUUCUCUGCGUCCAACUAUUAUGAGGAGGGAAGUAACCGGGGCGCCUAUAUAAAACUGGGAAGAGAUCUGGUGCCGCGCUUCUACCAGUACCAAGUCAGCCGCUCAACGCGCAAACUCACGUUGACACAAAGAGUACGGGUGGCUGAGAGCUCAGCUCUCAGAGCACUGAAAGAAAAAGUGUUCGCCCACCGUUCUGACCUCAUUGCAGGCUUCCAGAAGUAUGACCAGAAUUUUACUGGCAGGGUGACGCCCAGUGAAUGGGCUCAGGUGUUGGGGUCGGUCCUGAGACUGGACCUGCCGUGGAGGACGCUCUGUCCACAUUUAGCACACCUGGCACCAGAUGGAAGCGUGGACUAUAUGUCCUGCUUUGAGGAUAUGGGAACAGGGACACAGCUGCCACAGGUCACACCAAACCUGGCAGAGACUCUGUUUCGUUACCGAACAGACAUUGAGAUCAUAUUCAACAUAAUAGAUAAAGACCAUUCAGGUCUUAUUUCAAUUGAAGAGUUUCGUCACACGUGGCGCCUCUUCAGCGCUCACCUUGGGGUGGACAUCACUAACGGGGCUAUCGAUGACUUGGCUCGUAGCAUUGAUUUUAACAAGGAUGGAAGCAUCGACUUCACAGAGUUCCUGGAGGCCUUUCGAGUUGUGCACAAGCUGGACAACAAGGAUCUCAAGACAAAUGGAGAGUAG